AUGCUCCCACUCCUCCUCUCACCCCUGCCCACACUCGCGAGCCUUCUCGAACUACCAUCCUGGCAUGGACAAAUCGCACCCGAAUCACCCAAUUCGCCCGCCUAUUCUGCCUACGCUAGCAAUGCCCAGCCUGGAUUAAGCCUAAGAUCUGGCCGCCGUCUGUCUUUACUAGCUUUGGUUCUUGGACCGAGGCAUGCAACCACCUCGUCACUCCGAGGUGUGCAUAACUAUAUGACUCGAGAAGAGGCAGAAAACAACAAUGUGUCAGACGGGUACACUGCAGCAAGAAUCGCGUUGCACUAUACGGCGUGCAUGUGUUUUUUUGUUCAAUUCCGCCUUCUCCACGUUUUGACGGAUGCUGCUGUGCCACCAGUCCACAACAUCUCCACAGUUUCCAAGCGGCUGUUGAAUCCGUGGGCUCGAACACCCGGGCCCGGCAGAUGUGAGGCCCAAAGAAGAAAAGAUAUGUCCAUGACUGCCUGUCCAGGCAUUUUUGGUACUGAUCUUGUUUUCCAAUUCGCCGUGGUCCUUGCGUUGUUCUAUCCACUUUACCCAUCAAGUAAUCUCCCAUCAACAACAAAACAAGGCCACUAA